UAGAAAUCCAUAGUCUGGCUUUUUAUCAAUGGCUGUUCUUUCCUAGCAUCGUGCAUCAUCCAUUUAACACCGCGGGUAGCUUGUCUAGUCCCCGAAAACGCAGGAGUUGUUCAGACUCUGCAAUUUUACACCGAUUCCUUACAACAUGGUUUCGAAAAUUACCACAGGAGAACAACCACAGCCUCCCAGAGACAUCGCUGCGUCUCGUCUACACAACAUGACAUCAACACCAGAAUCAACGGAUUUCGACACGGAUCGAUAUCUAAAGUGCAGAGACAGGAGACGCAAAAGAGUUUCCAAGGCUUGUGAACGGUGUCGGAUGAAGAAAAUCAAGUGUGAUGGUGAACUUCCUUGCCAAAAGUGUAAAAACAAUGGAAAUGUCUGCACUCCCGGCUUCCGAAAGAGGACAAUUCACGUGGAAUACAAGCAGGUCCCCAAGAGCUACGUUGAGUUCCUCGAAACUACACACUUGGCCCUUAUCGGCACUGUCCAUAAACUAUAUACAAUGAUUCAGAAGAACAAGCCCUGGGAUCUUGGUGAACCAGAGUUGAAUGACCAAGGCGAAUUGGUUAUUCACGACAUAGCUAAGAAGCUGGGAUGUAUCGGCCCCAAUGACGAAAUCGAACUACCCAUUAAAUACGAAUUGCCGACAACUAUUUCCGGUAUGGAAAGCCUCGCGACCCAUCCGAAACGACUGCAAUAUGGAGAUUACGAUAUGGAGGUUGAUGAUAAGGAGCCAGAUUCACCCACAAAUGAUUCUACAAACGAAAGCGCCCCAUCACUGGAACCCAUGCAAGGUGUCGAAACCGAGUUGAACAGCAGACGAGAAACUUUGGCUGACCGCAAUCACCGCAUGACGAAGUCUCGAAGCCCUUACAGUUUUGACGACCCAGACAAUAGCCAUUCUGAGUCUGAGGGAGCCAACUCCUGCGUUACAUCAUCACCAUAUCUUUCACCAGUAACAGACUACACCAACUUUUCUCAGGCUCAGCUGGUAACAGUACCUGAUGACAUGACGCUUUUCCUUCAACAGUACGGAUCGAUGCUGAAUACAGAGGAAAUCACUUGGGAAUUGGGCGAUUUAAAUAAUAAUACACUCAAAAGUGACUUUUCAGAGACGCCUGCUAUUGAGUCGUUACUUGUGGAGAACAAGAUGAUGCUUCCUGAUUAUAAUGAUUUUUUCGGCAUAGGCAUCACAGACAUUGUUCACAUAGAAGAAAGAAGUCCAAUACCUAUAGAGAUGUCAUGAAUACGGCUAAUUAAGAUGUAUAUCUUCAUGUAGAGCGAUUAGAGAAAAAUUCCCACUUUGAUUUGGAUUAAAAGUUCUCCGGUGUACUUGGAAUAUGGCAAGAAACAGUCUUGCG